AUGCAGGCAAGUCUUGAAGAGAAGGAAUUCCCACGUCAAGAUUAUUAUUCAGAAGCUGCCGGAAAUAUGACCGAAAUUUUUUCUACUAAGCUGAAACUCCCCGGAGAUCCACGAGAUGAUGAUGAUGUUGCAGAAGAAGAAGAGAAUGAGGAGGAGUUUACUUUUGUGUGUGGAGCAAAUACAUCGUCAGUAACAGCAGAAGAUGCAUUUGUUGACGGCCAAAUCAAGCCGGUUUUCCCAUUAUUCAACAGGGAUUUGUUGCUUUCCGAUGGAAACUCGCCGUUGAUGCCACCAGUGAAGAAGGUUUUUGUAGAAACAAAGAAUGACGAAGGUAACGUGAUGUCUUCCUCUUUGGAAAAUGAUGACAUCUCGGGACCGUAUUGUGCAAGAAAGGCGGUGGAGGCAUCGUCGGGGGUUUGCAAGAAGAGUAACUCAACUGGGUUUUCCAAGAUUUGGAGGUUUAAGGAUUUUAUGGGGAGGUGUAAUAGUGAUGGAAGAGAUGCAUUUGUUUUCUUGAAUAACAGCAAUACGACACCGGCCAAGGCAGCCACACCGUCGACUGUAGUGGCGGGGAGCGUGAGGAGGGAGGAGAAGGAGGGUGGUGGUGGUGGUGAGAAGAAAGAAUCAACGGUGAAAGUGAAGAAGAUUCAAAAGAAUAAAACGGCGUCGUUAUCAGCUCAUGAGUUGUAUUUGAAAAGUAAAGCUAAAGAUGGGGACCGGCGGCGAUCAUAUUUGCCGUACCGGCCGGAGUUGAUGGGGUUUUUUACCAAUGUUAGUGGUGGUGGGUUAACAAGAAAUGUACAUCCCUUUUGA